AUGGCGACGCCUCUCUUUCGAGGUCAGAGCGCCAAUACCACCCCCACACGCAUUCGGUACGUACCAGCCGGUCGCAACUACGAUGAGUUCUUCAAGAACUUCGUCAAUGCAGAAGCCAACCCGUCCUCUGCGCCUGUCUUCCUCGACCAGCCCAGCACGGCCGUCAACGUACGCGAGCAGUCUCUCUCGACGACCUCAGAGGAUCGCCGUGCACCCGCCGAGAUGUCAUCCGCUCCUCGAUCGAGCCACAUGGCGACGCCUGUCUUCCGUGGGGAGUCCAGCACAACCGUCAAUCUACGCGAUCAGUCUCGCUCGCCAACCUAA